CUCGGUGGUUCAAGUGUGUAUAUAAAGAGCAGGGAGACCUCCUCAUCAUCAUUGCAUCCAUCACUGAGCUGAUACCUGAACAACAUCACCUUACAUUUACCUGACAAUUGAUCAUCACCAUGAAGACGGUCCUGGUCCUCUCCAUUCUCCUCUGUGCUGCAUUUGCAGCUCCGGCUGAAGACAAAGAGAAGCAUGCUCCAGAAGCAGCAGCAGCAGAGGCCCUGAAGGAACAGUCGGUUGCUGCACCUGAGAUGGAGGACAAGAUGAUGAAGAAAGAAGAAGUGUCUGUGCAAGAAGAUUCUGUUCCUGUUCCCAGAAAUGCACUUCAGUCUGAGGAGGCAGCAGCACCUGAAUCUCGUUAUAACUUCUGUCCACAAGGCUGGUUCAGCCACGGCUCUCGCUGCUUCCUCUUCGUCAAUACUCCCAUGACCUGGUACAAUGCUGAGGAGUACUGCAACGGCCUGGGUGCCCACCUAGCCUCUGUAACCAACAGCAGAGAGUACAGCUUCCUCCAGCAGAUCACACAGACAGCUGGUCAGACCCUCGCAUGGAUUGGAGGCUUCAGUCUGCAGGGCCGGUGGAUGUGGAUCGACCGUGAGGGUUUCUAUUACACCAACUGGCACUCCCAAUCCUCCUCCAGCAGCUUCCCCUGCGUCCACUUACGCACCAGCAAUGGUUGGGGCAACACCCAGUGUAGCUCUUCUUAUCGCUUCAUCUGCUCCAAGAACCCUUUCAGCUGUUAAUAUACGGACUAAACAUCUGGGGCCUUGGGACGGAUCGGCCGGUGUAUUUUUUUCUGUUUGAAGCCGACUCAUGAACUUUGUUGUGUGUCUUACUGAAUUAUAGAUUUCCAUCGUGUAUUCUUCAAAACGUUAAAUGAUGAAGUAACUUUUGUGUUAAAGUGUUUGUGAUUGUGGCGGUAGACUUGUUUUACAUAAUAAAGACUUGUAAGA